CAGCGCCCCGCCGACGUCAGCGCCCAGCGCGCCACUUUUUAUAUUCGGGAGGGGGCAUCGAGGCGAAAGGUGCCCGCGUUCAGUCGCACAGGACAGGUGGCAGUGCCACUGCGCGUUGGCUAGUGGUGGGUGCGUUAGUUGGACGGGUGCGUCAGUCCGUGUGUCCGGUUGCCCUCCCUCCGCUGUUACUGUUUACGGCACGAGGAGGUGUGAAGAGGUGCAAACGGCGCGGCGUCAACGGGACCGCGACGCACGGAGCUUGAGGGUCGACCUGGUCCCCUUGUGCACAGCUCAGACUCGAGCAAGGACGCGGACCUCAUCCACGAUGAGCGCCUCGCGAGCCGGGCCCAGCCGAGUCCUCGUGGCGUUCGUCGCCGUCUACUGCGCUGCAGCAGCAGCAGCGGCGACGGCCGCGUCGUCGUCAGCGGACAAGGUGGUGUCGGUGCAGGCGGUGGAGGGAGGCUCUGCGUCGGUGCCGUGCCCCGAGCCAGGGGAGUCUCAAGGCCACCACCACAACUGGACCUGGGUCCCCGACCACCCGGAGUGCGUGGGAGACGGCGAGGACCAGAAACGCUUCGCCAAGCGCCACGCGCUCCGCGUGGCUCAGCCGUGCGUCCUGCAGCUGCACCGGCUGCGUCUGGGAGAUGCGGGGGUCUUCAGUUUCGAGUGGGGAGAGGUCUCGCUCAGUGUGAGGCUCAAUGUCAGACCAGACUGCGACGCGCCCGUGGUGGUGGUGUCAGACCACUCGGGGCCCGUGAAACAGUCCCAGAACAUCACCCUGCGGUGCGCCGCGCGGGGCUCGGCGGGAGCGGGCGACAAGGCCGUCGCAUGGUGGCUCAACGGCCAGAGAGACCCCGGGCGACGGGGCGUGGAGCUGGCGGUGCGUGGCGCGCAGAGCCGCUCGCAGGGCGUGUGGGCGUGCGAGACGCGCGGGCGGCGUGCCGAGUACUGCCUCACCUUCGCCCAUUCGCCUUCAUCGAAGCAGUGGGGGUGCGGGAAGAUGAGCGCGGCGAUGCUGGAGGCGCAGGGGCCCCCCUCUCCCCACGAUGCGCACAGCUUCGCUUGGUCCCCUUGGCUGCUCGCCACCCUCGCCGCCAUCCCCACGACGAUCAUCGUCGUCACGCUCCUCGUCUGGGUUCUGGUGAAGAGGAGACGCAGGGAAAUGCAGCCAGAUGACAUCCGCGUUCUGCAUCAAGCGUCACGACAGCGGACGUGCGAGGACUUCACGUUUGAGAACGACUCGGACACCGAGAGUGACCGCUACGUGACCCCGGAGACCCCCAAAGCUGCGCCGCAGGCCACAGCCAACAGCCACACGCGGAGCUGCGCGCGAGUCGUGUGAGACACGACAAGGAGGAGGAGGA